AUGUUAUCUGUACGUACUACUACCUUUUUUAAAGGACCCAUCGGUAAACGUUCACUGGCCACAGUCACAAAUAAUCUAAAUAGAAAUUCAAAAGUUAACCAAAAUUUAUUGGAAGAUUUCUCAUUCAUAAAUUAUAGAAAUGAUUUACAAAAUGUAGAUAUUGUCAGGAAAAGAUUAGGAAGACCUUUAACUUAUGCAGAAAAGAUUCUUUAUGGACAUCUAGAUAAUCCUCAUGAACAAGAUAUUCAGCGUGGUGUGUCAUAUUUGAAGUUAAGGCCGGAUAGAGUCGCUUGUCAAGAUGCUACAGCUCAAAUGGCUAUAUUACAAUUUAUGUCUGCAGGUUUACCUCAAGUAGCAAAACCAGUAACGGUACAUUGUGACCAUUUAAUUCAAGCUCAAGUAGGAGGUGAGAAGGAUUUGAAGAGAGCCAUUGACCUAAAUAAAGAAGUUUUCGAUUUCCUAGCUUCUUCAACUGCAAAAUAUAAUAUGGGUUUCUGGAAGCCAGGUUCUGGUAUCAUUCAUCAAAUUAUAUUAGAAAAUUAUGCGUUCCCAGGUGCUUUAAUAAUUGGUACUGACUCUCAUACUCCAAAUGCUGGUGGUUUGGGUCAAUUAGCCAUCGGGGUAGGUGGUGCCGAUGCUGUCGAUGUAAUGUCUGAUUUACCUUGGGAAUUGAAAGCUCCAAAAAUCCUUGGUGUCAAGUUGACUGGUAAAAUGAACGGUUGGACCUCCCCAAAGGAUAUUAUCUUAAAAUUGGCAGGUAUCACAACAGUUAAAGGUGGUACCGGUAAAAUUGUGGAAUAUUUCGGUGAAGGUUGUAACACUUUCUCUGCUACCGGUAUGGGUACAAUUUGUAAUAUGGGUGCAGAAAUUGGUGCAACAACAUCCGUAUUCCCAUUCAAUCAACCAAUGAUCGAAUACCUAAAAGCUACACGUCGUGAGAAAAUUGCAGAUUUUGCCAAAUUGUAUCAAAAAGAUUUAUUAUCCGCUGAUGAAGGUUGUGAAUAUGAUGAAGUCAUUGAAAUCGAUUUAAGUACUUUGGAACCUUAUGUCAAUGGUCCAUUUACUCCAGAUUUAGCCACACCUAUCUCUAAAUUAAAGGACGUCGCCACAGAAAAUAAUUGGCCAUUGGAUAUCAGAGUGGGUCUAAUUGGUUCUUGUACUAAUUCUUCUUAUGAAGAUAUGUCACGUUCUGCAUCCAUCAUUAAAGACGCUGCAGAUCAUGGUUUGAAAGCAAAGACUUUAUUCACCGUGACUCCAGGUUCAGAACAAAUUAGAGCUACAAUAGAACGUGACGGUCAAUUACAAACUUUCAAAGAUUUUGGAGGUAUUGUAUUGGCUAACGCAUGUGGACCUUGUAUUGGCCAAUGGGAUCGUCAAGAUAUUAAGAAAGGUGAAAAGAAUACCAUUGUUUCUUCAUAUAACAGAAAUUUCACCUCAAGAAAUGAUGGUAAUCCUGAGACGCAUGCCUUUGUAGCUUCACCAGAAUUAGUGACAGCCUUUGCCAUUGCUGGUGACCUUAGAUUUAAUCCAAUUACAGAUUCACUAAAAGAUAAAGAUGGUAACGAAUUCAUGCUAAAGCCACCAUUUGGUGUUGGGUUACCGGAACGUGGUUAUGAUCCAGGUGAAAAUACUUAUCAAGCACCACCAAAGGAACGUGCUUCUGUAGAAGUUCUUGUAGCUCCAACUUCUGAUCGUUUACAAUUGUUGGAACCUUUUAAACCUUGGGAUGGUAAAGAUGCUCUGAAUAUGCCUAUCUUAAUUAAGUCACUAGGUAAGACAACAACUGAUCACAUUUCUAUGGCCGGUCCAUGGUUGAAAUAUAGAGGUCAUUUGGAGAAUAUCUCUAAUAAUUAUAUGAUUGGUGCCAUUAAUGCAGAAAACAAAAAGGCAAAUAAUGUGAAGAAUGUUUAUACUGGUGCCUAUAAGGGUGUUCCUGAUACUGCAAGGGACUAUAGAGACGAAGGAAUUAAAUGGGUCGUUAUCGGUGAUGAAAAUUUUGGUGAAGGUUCAUCUCGUGAACAUGCAGCUUUAGAACCAAGAUUCUUAGGUGGAUUUGCUAUUAUUACUAAAUCAUUUGCACGUAUUCAUGAAACUAACUUAAAGAAGCAAGGUAUGUUACCUUUGAACUUCAAAGAUGUUGCAGAUUAUGAUAAAAUCAACCCAGAUGAUAAAAUUGAUAUUGUUGGUCUAAAAGAUCUUACACCUGGUAAAAAUUUAAAGAUGAUCGUACAUCCCAAGGAUGGAGAAGCCUGGGAUUGUGAAUUAACUCAUACGUUCAAUUCUGAACAGAUUGAAUGGUUUAAGGCUGGCUCCGCCUUGAACAAAAUUAGAAAUGAUAAAGCUAAAAAAUAA